AUGUUUAGCUUGUGGGCGUGGUACUACCCGGUUGCCCAGGCCGAGGUAGAGGGUUUUCUUGGGGGACCCUACCCGGAGCCUGAUCCGCAAGGCAGUGGGGUGGAGCAGGGAGUCCACGGUUCUCUGGGGGGUGGUGGGGUCCUCUUUAUUGACGAAGUGCAUAUGCUCGAUAUUGAGUGUUUCUCGUUUCUGAAUCGUGCCUUGGAAUCGGAUAUGGCUCCCGUGUUAAUCGUAGCCACCAAUCGAGGGAUCACAAGAAUACGUGGAACGAAUUACAGCAGUCCACACGGGAUUCCUAUUGAUUUAUUGGAUCGAUUGCUGAUUAUUUCGACCACAUCUUACACAGACAAAGAAAUUCAAGCAAUUUUAAAAAUCCGUUGUGAGGAAGAAGAUGUCGAUAUUUCAGAAGACGCACUCGUUGUCCUCACUCGAAUAGGCAUGCAAACCUCGUUGCGUUACGCUAUUCAGUUGAUCACCACUGCCAGUCUAGUUUGUCGGAAGCGAAAGGUGAGAUUCAAUUAG